AUGCAUAGUGGUCCAAACUCAAGACCUACGGGUGGAUUCCCCAACAGGCCAAAGAACAUCCAGAACAGGCAGAUUCGCAAGUUUGUGUUCGUCAACUACUCUGAGGAAGAGGCUCUUCGACAAUACCACGGUAAAGCCGUUGCCCUCGAUGUGGGAGAACGCUAUGCACCCUUUCCUUCCCUAUUCAUCAUCCACGAGAUGCGCGUCCGUGGGUUCAAUCCCUUUGGGCCCAUUGAUGAUGACAUUCCUUGGCAAGACUGGAUCUUAUCGGACGGUGUAUUGAUGGACAACACGUCCAACAAUUCAUUGAAUUACUUCAAUCGUGACAGUCUCCCCCACAACAGUGGAAGCAAUGCACUUGGUCAACCACGGGUGCAGUUUCAGCAUAGGACGACGACAACGGGUGGUGGGUCGUCUGGCAGACGUACACUAGUAUUAAAUGACAACUUGAACGUCAUUGCCGACAUUCUCGCAGCGACACGUGCGUCACCAUCGUGGAAGGCUUGUCAGAUGGAGGGCAUGGGCUGGAGUGGUACUACAGAAGAGAAUAUCCAGAAAUAUGUCUCUGCUUUUGAUGUGCAAGAUCCUUGA